CUAUGCUUGACCUUAAGGAACUAAUAUCAUGUGAGGGAAACUCAAAGGACUGUGAGCAGUACAGUUGUGACACUAUUUUGCAUUUUAUUGAAGAGCUCAUGAGGCAGAGAAAAGAUAUAAAUUCUGAGAUCCUAGUGAAAAUCUGGGGUGCAGUUUAUACAUAUAAAAGAUCAAUAGACUUUGAAAAACAUAACUGUGAACUAAUUGAAGAAGAUUGUGAACGUAUAAGUAAUGAAAUUAUUGCACUGCGAGAGGAGUGGUCUCAACUAGAGAUUGAAAAUGCUGAACUGUAAGAUGAGCUAUGCAGUUUGAGGGCCACCCUUGAAAAUUUAGAAUUAAAUGAUGCAGCAAGCCUCCAAGCAGAGGAGAAUGAAGAGCUUUCAAGAACCCCGGUAUAUGGAUCUGUGCACAAUGAUGGAGGAGGACUCAGAUGCACAUCAAAAUGGAGAGUUUUCAGGUUAUAAUGCUUCAAGUACAAGUCACUGCGAAGAGGAUAUGGUACUGAAACUAAGAGAGAAGCUUGAAAGUAUGGAAACAAAACUACAACAAGAAUUAAUCCGCUGCCAAUGCAAGGAAGAUGAAAAUAAUCUUUGGGAGCAGAAAAUAGCAGAAAGGAAAGCAGCCCGGGAGAACCGUGAAGCGGAAGAGGGUAGAAUAAAGCAGCUUGAAGAGAAAAUACUCAGCCUCAAAGCCGAUAUGGACAAGAACAUGGUAGAGCGAAGUGAGGUAGAAAAUCAUAAGAAAGCCAUUGAAGAGCAAGCUAGGAGUCAACUCAUGGAAAAAAUAAACCAAGAGAACCAAGUCUUACGGGAACUAGCUGCCUCUGAACAACAGAAAGAUCAGGAAAGACAGGAUUACAUCAUGCCACUGGAGCAUAGAUAUAAGGAAAUUGAACUUGAGAUUGUGGAAACAAAAUCUUGUGCAAUUUCUGUGAAAGCACAACGGCGAACAUUUGAAGAAAAAUAUAGAGCAAAAUUGCAACUUGGAGAACGAUUGAAAUAUGAACUUGAAAAUAUUUACAGCAGUAUUGUGGAGUUACAGAACACCAAGUCCAGGCUUGCCUCUGAGAGAAGGAUGAACAGGCUGUCACACAUCCACACUCACCACAGAUCUGUCUCAGAGGGAACCAGUGACAGCAGUCUUCAGAAUAUCUUUGGGUUCAACAGCAUAGGGGCCACGAUUUAAGUCCACAUUCAAGAAGGAGAGCUUGGUGGGAUAGCUUAAUAAGGUUAGUUAUGCUUUUGCCUCUCUAAGUGUUUCAGGUUUCUGAUAGUAUUGUAUUUUAAGUUUGAUGAACCACUGAAUUGGAUAGCAGACACAAAAUUCUCAUUUUUCAGAUAUGCUCCUUUGUUAACCUGAGUCAGUAACUAGAACAAAUUUGGAAUAUUUUAAAUUUCUUUCCAGUUGGAACUUGAAUGAGAUUUCCAACAAAACCUGAAUGUUUGUUGACAAGACACAGUGGGUAGAGGUUCUUGCCACCAUUUGACCACAAUGUUCAUUCCCUGGACCCCAUGUAGUAUGAGGAGUGAACCUCUUUAGUGUUGUCCUCUGGCUAUAACAGAGGAGGUGUGGCAUGCACAUUAAAAUAACUUAAGGUAUAUUCCAAUUACAUCCGUUUUUUACCUUUUAGGUGACACUGUUUUAUCUGGGACUUAAGUAUUUAGUGGUUUUAUAAACAAUUUUUUGGGUCAAU